GCACAACAACACGACGCGCGUGUCACUUCCGGGCUCAGAUUGCAGAGUGCAAUAUCAACGUUUAGAUUAGAGCCGCUGGAUGAUUCAUUUCAUACAGGGCUUGAACACAGCGAGGUUGAAAGUCGGCUCUCCGCUGCUGUAGCCGGGAUAAACUGACACCCGGGCAGAAACAUUCACAGUGAGUGCACUGGAUACGGGGACUGCAGGAAGGAGAAGGAACAUUUGAAACACAGAGCCAGUCUGCUUGUCACACCAUGGUUUGCCAAUAACAAAAUUUCUCUUCUGCUUUUUGAGUAUUGUGGACCUGUGGGCAUUUUCUUGCCAGGAAGGGUGAGUCAAGCUCUCUAAAAGACAGAAGGGAUAGAAGAAAAGAGGGACUGACUGCAACAGCAGGAGUAGGAACUUUUUCUCACAACUCGUCUUCCUCCACACUCUCUCCUUGCUGCCCUCCAUCAUCUUCACAGCUUCACCAAGAUGAAGCUGAAGGAGGACCUGAACCCCAUGCUGCUGCUCCUCUUCCACCUCAUGGUAUGGAUCUACACCUUCAUCACCUUCCUACCAUCCUACAUCCUCAGCUGGGUCUCCAGGCCUGACGGGUGCUUCUACGGCUCCGAGGCGGAGCGAGCAAAGAGAGCGAAGGCCCGCUCGGUGCUGGGACGUCCCGAGGGACCCUACCGAGCGGUGAGCGCCACCAAGAGGUUGGUGACGUCGCUACACCCAGGAGUGGACACCCUGGAUAAGAUGUUUGAGUACGCAGCCAUGAGGUUCCCACACAGAGACUGUCUAGGGACGAGGGAGGUGAUCAGUGAGGAGGAUGAGCGACAGAGCAAUGGAAAGGUGUUCAAGAAGGUGGUUCUGGGUGAGUACCGCUGGCUCUCCUAUGAUGAAGUCCUCACGGCAGCGUCCCGACUGGGCAGUGGUUUGGCAUCACUGGGUCAGCGGCCCAAAAACAACAUCGCCAUCUUCUGUGAGACACGUGCCGAGUGGAUCAUCGCUGCCCAGGCCUGCUUCACGUACAACUUCCGAUUGGUCACCCUUUACUCCACACUGGGAGGUCCAGCCAUUGCUCAUGGGCUGAAUGAGACUCAGGUCACCCACAUCAUCACCAGCAGAGAGCUCCUGGAGACCAGACUCAAGGCUAUCCUAACUGAAGUUCCGAGGCUGCAGCAUAUCAUUGUAGUGGACAACACACCAGCCCAAUGGGCCGGCUAUCCACGUGGCAUCAGUGUCCACAACAUGGCUGAUGUUCAGAAGCUGGGAGCCAGGCCUGAGAAUGCAACACGUGAGCGUAAGCAGCCGCUGCCUUCAGAUAUUGCUGUCAUCAUGUACACCAGCGGAUCCACAGGCAUACCAAAGGGCGUCAUGAUCUCCCAUAGCAACAUCAUCGCUGGCAUCACGGGCAUGGCCGAGCGGAUACCCAACUUGUGUGAGGAGGACACCUACAUUGGCUACCUGCCUCUCGCCCACGUACUGGAGCUCAGUGCAGAGCUUGUGUGUGUUUCUCACGGCUGUAGGAUCGGUUAUUCCUCACCUCAGACUCUAGCUGACCAGUCAACCAAGAUCAAGAAGGGAAGCAGGGGAGACACCAGCGUCCUGCAGCCCACUCUGAUGGCAGCUGUCCCGGAGAUCAUGGAUCGUAUCUAUAAGAACGUGAUGACCAAGGUGGAGGAGAUGAACUGUGUCCAGCGAACACUCUUCAUUCUGGCUUACAGCUACAAACUGGAGCAGCUCGCCAAGGGAUACAGCACACCUCUAUGUGACAAGCUGGUGUUCAGGAAAGUUCGCUCUCUGCUGGGAGGUCGGACACGAGUCUUGCUAUCAGGUGGAGCGCCGCUCUCGGCCGCCACGCAACGCUUCAUGAAUGUGUGUUUCUGCUGCCCGGUAGGUCAGGGAUAUGGCCUGACAGAGACCUGCGGUGCUGGAACCAUUAGCGAGCUGUGGGAUUACAGCACUGGGAGAGUGGGAGGGCCGCUGGUUUGCUGUGAGAUCAGGCUCAAAGAUUGGGUGGAGGGUGGCUACCGUAGCACUGACAAGCCACAUCCAAGAGGAGAGAUUCUGAUUGGUGGACCCAACGUAACCAUGGGAUACUACAAGAACGAGAUGAAACACCAAGAAGAUUUCUUUGUAGAUGAGAACAGCCAGCGGUGGUUCUGUACAGGAGACAUCGGAGAGUUUCACGAAGACGGGUGCCUCAAGAUAAUUGAUCGUAAGAAAGACUUGGUGAAGCUGCAGGCAGGAGAGUACGUCUCCCUGGGAAAGGUGGAGGCCAUGUUGAAGAACUGCGCUCUGGUUGACAACAUCUGUGCCUAUGCCAACAGUGAUGAGACAUAUGUGAUUGGCUUUGUGGUGCCCAAUCAGAAGCAGUUGCUGGCUCUGGCUGACCAGUACGGUAUCCAAGGCUCAUGGGAGGAGCUGUGCAACAGUAAGGCCAUGGAGGAGCUGGUCCUCAAGAUCAUCACUGAGGCGGCUCUAGCAGCCCAGCUAGAGCGCUUUGAGAUCCCUCGCAAGAUCUGUCUGAGCCCAGACCCAUGGACUCCAGAGACAGGAUUAGUGACUGACGCAUUCAAGCUCAAACGCAAGGAGCUGAAAACACAUUACCAGGACGACAUUGAGAGAAUGUACGGUGGGAAAUAACGGACAGCAUUGUUCAUUCACAAAGUACAGACCAACACUUGACUCUCAACACUCCUAGUACCCUCUCACUGCUCCCCUAUAUCCUUCCCCAAGAACAUAAGAGCCACUGUGAUCUGUCAUAAACACUACUCUCAAAGAAAGAAGGACAAGGAUAGGGUGUUACCAAUUCCAACAUGGAAGCAGCUUUUACUUGAAUUUGUAACUAAAGACAGGCUGAAAAAGUGCUUAAAAGACAGAGUAAAACACAAAUGAUGUUGCCUUUUCCAUUUUUCCGCCCAGGUGUAUGACCUCUGUGUGGAGAUCUUUAUUGUUCCAGAUGUGAGUUAUGAAACAGAUGGUGUGUUAGCCUAUGUUGUCUGUUGAAUUCUUUCUGAGUGCCACAGCAGAAGCUCAGGUUGGGUUGACAGGUUGCUUUAUGUUCGCCCAUGAGACACUCGAUUGGUUGUGUAUGUCUCUAAAUCUUUCCUUUAGUUCAUUUUGAUCCUCUUUUAAACUUUUCGUAACUUAAAGGUUUCAAAUUCCUUCUUCCUGCAGGUCAGGAGACAGUUAACUCUUUUGUUUCUUUUUUGUUCAGAUGUUUUGAGUUCUUCUGUCAGUGGUUUAUUUAGUCUCCCACCCACAGUCAGCACAUCUUGAUACCAAAAGCACAGAGUCAUUUGAGGACAAAUGAGAGCAGGUUGCUAAAAACGCUAAGGUCAAAUCUGGUGUAACAAUUUAUAUCUUUUCAUUAUCAACAUUAAGGCCAUUGUCCUUUUUGAGGAAAAUGACAAAGAUUGCACCUAAUAGUCUUAUUUAAAAAGAAAAGAAACAAAGAUGCACUGUUGUUUAGUCUAUUGUAUUUUCCUACAGUGAUAGAGUAUACUUUUUUAUGUGCUGUACAGACCACAUUGUGCACAAAAAUGCACAUUUACAUAUUACAGCUGAAAUGUGUAAUCAUUGUCAUAUUUGAUAAAUCACAGUGCAAAAUGAAAAUGCAUAAUUUCUGUCCAAAUAAGGCCGUUAGGUUACAGACAGGACAUAAAUACAACGUUCUCAGCGUGCACGGGUGCACCGGUUGAAAAAUGAGCCCACUUUUAUAAGUGCGACUUCUGUGUGUAUGACUAACAUUUAUUCUGCAGGACUGUCAUUGCCAUCUCAAAGCCUUGUCAUCUGCACGAGUAUGACUAAGUGAGGGACUCAUCAUGUCCAUACAGGGCACAAACAUGGCCCCAGCAUCCCUCACAAUGUGACACCUAUUGCCUUCUCUUGUGAUUCUGAGUCACGUCUUUCUAAUUCCUGACUGAUUUUGAAUUUGAUGUUUCUCCUUAAUAGUACAUGUAUGUAUGUGGAGCUGUGAUUGGCAGAGGAAGCACAUGUAUUGCCUCUAUUUUAACUUAAGCUUUAUUAUCAUAGACCUGUUUUGGAGCUCCACUCCCUCUCUGUAUCGAGAGCCUGCCUUGUAACAUAAGUGCACCCAACUAUUUAUUUGUAAUUUGCAUUUGGAAAAAUACUCAAAUGACAUCAAUAAAGAUUGUGUUUGGUCUA